GAAAGUCUUUUUCCUUCGCGCUCUUUCCCAAACCUCUUCCGGGUUCUCAUGCACGUGUGAGUUCAUCAUGGUGUUCUGGAGCCGCUGAGAGCGCACUACCUGGGAACAACCUCACACUCAACUCCAAGGUUUCUAUUCUUCUCUGCUUUGAGUCGAUGAACGCUACAAUGAAGUACAUCCUAGUGACAGGAGGCGUGAUCUCCGGGAUCGGGAAGGGCAUCAUCGCCAGCAGCGUCGGGACGAUCCUGAAAUCCUGCGGUCUUCACGUCACGGCCAUCAAAAUCGACCCCUAUAUCAACAUCGAUGCCGGAACCUUCUCUCCAUACGAGCAUGGUGAAGUGUUUGUGCUGGAUGAUGGAGGAGAGGUGGACCUGGAUCUGGGGAACUACGAGCGCUUCUUGGACAUUCGUCUCACCAAAGACAACAACCUCACCACCGGGAAGAUCUACCAGUCCGUCAUUAACAAGGAGCGCCGAGGAGACUAUCUAGGGAAAACCGUGCAGGUGGUGCCGCACAUCACCGACGCCAUUCAGGAGUGGGUGAUGAAGCAGGCCAAGAUCCCUGUGGAUUAUGAUCGUGUGGAGCCUCAAGUGUGUGUCAUUGAGUUGGGAGGUACCGUCGGAGACAUCGAGAGCAUGCCUUUCAUCGAGGCGUUCAGGCAGUUCCAAUUUAAAGUGAAGAAGGAAAACUUCUGUAACAUCCACGUCAGUCUUGUUCCUCAGCCCAGUGCUACAGGUGAGCAGAAGACCAAACCCACGCAGAACAGCGUGAGGGAGCUGAGAGGACUCGGCCUUUCUCCAGACCUGAUCAUGUGUCGCUGUUGUACUCCACUCGAGAACUCCGUGAAGGAGAAGAUCUCCAUGUUCUGUCAUGUGGAGCCUGAACAGGUCAUAUGCGUCCAUGAUGUUUCGUCCAUCUACAGAGUGCCGCUGCUGCUGGAGGAGCAGGGUGUCGUGAACUACUUUUGCCAUAGGCUUAAUCUGCCAAUCGAGGGCAGGCCCAGGAAGAUGCUCGCUAAAUGGAAAGAGAUGUCAGACAGGUCAGACAGACUGUUGGAGACUUGCUCUAUUGCUCUGGUAGGAAAGUACACAAAGUUCUCCGACUCUUAUGCUUCGGUUAUCAAAGCCUUGGAGCACUCGGCCCUCGCCAUCAGCCAUAAACUAGAGGUUAAGUAUAUCGAUUCUGCAGAUUUGGAGUCUGUUACUCUGCAGGAGGAGCCUGUAAAAUACCAUGAAGCCUGGCAGAAGCUGUGCAGUGCAGAUGGGAUUUUGGUCCCGGGAGGUUUUGGAGUCAGAGGAACUGAAGGCAAGAUUCAGGCCAUCAGCUGGGCUCGUAAACAGAAGAAACCCUUUUUAGGUGUGUGUUUGGGAAUGCAGCUUGCAGUUUGUGAGUUCGCCAGGAACACGCUGGGCUGGGAAGACGCGAACUCCACCGAGUUUGAUCCUGAAACAACACACCCUGUGGUGAUCGAUAUGCCUGAGCACAACCCGGGACAGAUGGGAGGCACCAUGAGGCUGGGGCAGAGACGGACCAUUUUCAACAACAAGAGCAGCAUACUGAGGAAGCUUUACGGAGACGCAGACUACGUCGAUGAAAGGCACAGACAUCGUUUUGAAGUCAAUCCAGAGCUGAAACAGAAUUUUGAGGAGAAAGGCUUCCACUUUGUGGGGCAGGACAUGGAGGGAGAGAGGAUGGAGGUUAUAGAGCUUGAUGAUCAUCCGUACUUCGUGGGUGUACAGUACCAUCCUGAGUUCACAUCCCGGCCGAUAAAACCCUCCCCGCCGUACUUCGGUCUGCUGCUGGCUGCAGCUGGAAAACUGCAAAAUUACCUACAGAGAGGAUGCCAGCUCUCACCACGAGACCGGUAUAGCGACCGCAGUGGCAGCAGCUCUCCAGAUUGUGAGGUAGCAGAGUUGAAACUGCCCUCCAUCUCCCAGGACUGAUCACAACCAUCAACAGACUGAAUUCACCCGAAGAAAAAAUGGUUACUUUUCUUUCCUGUUUAAUUUGAUGUGUAUUUUGUUCAAAUUUUCCAUAAAGCAGUCAUUCUGGUGUGUAGUUUGACUUAUCCAAAUAAAUUCAGCUUUGGAUGUGGCUUCAUCUGGUCAGGAAAAUGUAUAAACUGCAUAAUUUAUAUACAUGUACACAGGUAUGUUAUUUAGCAAAUGUGUUUUAUUAAUACUCCACCCUGCUCUUACUCUCAACCCAAACCAGCCUCCACCUGUAUGAUCACUGUCUGUUCUUCCUUUUGUUUGAGAAACUCACUGAACACAAUUUUAUCUUCAGGGGUUUCUGGCCUCAACAUUUUAAAUAAAAGUUUUGUGCUGAA